AUGGAAACUUAUUCUGCCUCACUAUCACCCAUUAUAUGUAAUGGCACAACUUUUAACCUAAAUGGAUCACAUUUGUGUAAUGAAAGCUUAUCUUCUAGAUUUGCUGAUAAAUCAGAACACCAACAAUAUGUUAUUGGUCUCUUCUUAUCAUGUCUUUACACAAUAUUUCUUUUUCCCAUUGGUUUUGUUGGAAACAUUCUGAUACUGGUUGUCAACAUAAGCUUUCGUGAAAAAAUGACUAUUCCAGACCUUUACUUCAUAAACCUUGCAGUAGCUGAUCUCAUUUUAGUUGCUGAUUCUCUCAUUGAGGUUUUUAAUCUUGAUGAAAAGUACUAUGAUAUCACUAUUAUUUGUACCUUUAUGUCUUUGUUCCUUCAGAUCAACAUGUAUAGCAGCAUUUUCUUUCUGACAUGGAUGAGUUUUGACAGAUACAUAGCACUGGCAAAAGUAAUGAGGUCCAACAUAUUUCGCACUAUGCAACACGCUAGAAUAAGCUGUGGUCUCAUAUGGAUGGCAUCUAUUUCUGCAGCACUAGUUCCAUUUACAGCUGUGCAUUUACAACACACCGGAGAGGUCUAUUUUUGUUUUGCAGAUGUAAAAGAAAUCCAGUGGCUAGAAAUAACCUUGGGGUUUAUUAUCCCCUUUGUGAUCAUCGGUCUUUGUUACUCACUAAUUGUUCGAGUUCUUAUAAAAGCCCACAAGCACAGGAGUCUUCGUCUGCGGCGACAGAAGGCUCUCCGAAUGAUUUUUGUUGUUGUCUUGGUUUUCUUUAUCUGCUGGCUACCUGAAAACGUCUUCAUUAGUGUUCAACUUCUUCAAAAGAAAAGCGAGCCUGUCUCUUCAAGCAGCCCAUCCUUCAGACAUGAUUAUCCUUUAACAGGACAUAUUGUGAACCUAGCAGCUUUUUCUAAUAGCUGUUUGAACCCUUUAAUUUACAGUUUUCUAGGGGAAACCUUCAGAGACAAACUGCGACUCUACAUUGAGCAGAAAACAAAAAUGUCAACACUGCAUCGCUUUUGUCAGGCUGCCUUCACAUCUGUCAUUCCUGACAGUAAUGAGCAAUCAGAAGUUUGA